AUGAAAAAGUUGGCAAGGAAGUUGCACAAUGAAGAAGAUGAACACUUGUCUCUUCUGGUUCACGACAGAGACUCUCAUUCCCUAGACCCUCAAGAGCAAGAAAAGCUGGUUCGUUCUCUUGAAAGGAGUCAAGCUCAGCAGAGUCGCUUUAUAUAUACCGUAUUUGCAGCUCUAUUCUUCUGUUACAUCGUGUUUCUUUUGUACUCCAUCUUCCAACAGGCUUCAUCUCCGUGGGAACUACAGUAUCACGCUUACUUCAUGGAGGAGAUCUACUCGUGGAUGAUUAUUUCUACAGACUGGGUGGCUGUUUUAGCAUGCUCAUUUUCCAUCAUAGGAUUGCUUGACCAGUCAAUGCAUCGCAGGAGAUGGAUCCAUUACUCAUGA